CUGACAGGACAGACAGAAAUCUAAAUCACAACAUACAAUUAAGGUUUGAUUAUAUGUGUUUCAAAGUGCAUGGGAUAACAAUACAGUUAACUUAUUUAAUUGGCAGGUGAAUCACUGUUCAGUUGUCUAUUUGUUUACUGAAUUAAUAAUAAUUAUCUUAGUGCAGGGAAUUCUGCAGUGCCAGUGCCAAAUUAAGAAGAUCUUUGGUCAGAAUUAGUAAAUAAUAUCACGAGAUUAUAAUACAACACAAAAUUUACAUGAAAAAGCAGAUUACAUGAAUUUUGAAUCAAAAACAUAUUUGUUUUCAUUUCAGUUUGAACAUUCUAAGCCCAGUUCACCGAAUAUGGCCUACCCUGAAACCUCAAGCAACAUGACAUACCAGUUGGAAGUAAACUAUUUAGCUUGGUUACUGGAGAAAUUAAACUGGACAUCUGUGAAGACAACUGUGUGUGCAUCUUCAACUGAAAUGGUGGUUAUCUGGAUUAUUUUCUUCAUUGAGUUUGCUGUCAUUUGUCUGGCACUCUAUGGAUUGUGUUGUCUGCUUAGCUCUAACCAUGCUGUCCCAUUAUUCAUCAUAAAUCUGUUUGUUUCUGAUAUCAUACAGAUUUGUGUCAAGCCUGUUCUGAAUUUUUGUACAUUUAAUCUAAAAAAGAUUGUAUUCUUUUUUGUAUUUUAUAUUUAUAUCCUGAGCAUAGUAGUUAACAUUGGCUUCAUGGUCUGUAUCUCAAUGGAAAGAUACAUAAUGAUAAAAUACCCUGUUUGGUACCGUCUUCAUCAUUCGAGUAGGAAUUCAGUUCUGAUAUGCUUUUUAGUUUGGGCAACACUCUGUGGAUUUAUGGUGAUGGAUGUGAUUAUUGCACUUGCAGUAGAUGUGGAACUUGCAUUUCUUCUGAGUCUAUUUAUUUUUUUGUUACCUUAUCCACUGGUUGUGUUUUCCUUCGUGGGUUCGUGGAAGGCACUGUCUCAUUCGGUCGCAGUCACCCCUGAUGAAAGAAAGAAGAUUUUGAUGAUUCUGGCUCUUGUACUUUUCAAUUACACUGUGUUGUUCCUACCAAGCAUUGUGAAAAACAUAAUUUUUGCAGUAUCCUUUAAGCAUGGAACAAGUAGCUACUACGAUUGUUUACAUUCGGUGUCAGGAAUCAUGUUGUAUUUAAAUCCACUUGCUGACUCUUUGCUGUAUGUUUUCAUAAGGAAGGAUGCUAAUCUCAUGUUUAGAGUUUUGGGUUGUAAAAAGCGGUGUGAAAAUCAGGUGUAGCCCUUCAAUCCAUAAGCUGUUGUGUUAAAACUAACAAACAUGUGACUGAGAAGCGCUGAAUUUUAACCGUUAGAGCAAAAAUAACAAUUUUGAUCUCCUUUAAUGUGUGUUUUAAAAACUGGUUCUUCCAAUCUGACUGGUUAAUCACAAUGUUGUUCCAGGGACAACAAAGAUGAUGUCCCAGGAACAUGUCUCACUUGGUAAAAUCAGGUUCUGCAUCAAUAUCAAAGACAGCACAUGAAACAAUUUAACAAAUUUAACCACUUUACUGAGUACUCAUCAUUAUUCACAUUUUAAAUGUAACAACAUUUCUGUCAGUCCCUUUGAGCAUAAUUACGUUUCAGGAAAUACUAGCCAUAUAUUAAUCUGAUUGCAUGAUGAUAGGAGGAAAAUGCAGAGCUAAUGGUGGAUGGAUCUGGUUAAGUGUUAGUGGUGCUUCCCUCUCUGCAUUGUCUCUUCAUCUGUUACUUUCUACCAUAAUCAACCAGCAGAAGCAGCUCAUUGUCAGCUCAAUACAAGUGUCACUUUCACAAAAACUGAAAGGACAAAUAAUCACCACAGGAG